CCUUGCCGCAGAAAGAGAGGUGAAAAUGGCACGAGGACUGCGUUCAGAUGGAGAGGAGAACCGCUGUGGAUGAGUGCAUCUUUGCUUUUGAUGGAUCUUUUGCGUCACGAUGUCUAACUGCAGGUGUUGCUGCUUGUGACUGACUCUGCACUUGUUGCAUCAUUAUGGCUGCUCAGCUGUCUUAUGAGGCCUUCCUGGAGGUCAUGGGGCCGCAGGUCAGUGAGUGAGAGACUGGGAGAAAGACGAACACACACGCAUCGACUCGUGUAUAUGAGUGUGUUCUGACUGUCUGCAGCUGGUGGGCAUGGGGCUUCCAGAGAAGGUAGGUGAAUUGACCACUCCACUCACAGACGCACAGCAGGAACACAAUAUAUAAGACGAACACAUAGACGGCUGAUGGAAUAUGAUGCACUGAGUGGACGGCAUGUGUGUGCGUGUGUGUGCAGCUGUGGCGGUGUGCGUUUGACAAGCUCUCGUCCGAAAACCUGGACGCCUCCGACGCGUUCACACUCGUCGAGAGGGACGACAGACAGAGGGGCGAGAGCAAAUGGCAGGUGGGAACACUGCACACAACACACACUCAUGGAUGUGUGUGUGUGUUGUGUAGGUGGUGUCAUGUCGGCCGAUUGAGAAGGAGAGCGGUGUGUGGCUCUGCGACCACUGCUGGUCGUUCAGGCUGAAGGUCGGUAAGUCUGUCGCUCUGCCUGUGAACGUUUCUGUGAAUGUGUGUGUGUGUGUGUGUAGGAGGGCAAGCGUCAGCUCAAGGAAAAUGAGAAGCUGAGAGCACGGCUGCAGAGGUGAGCAUGUGUGUGUGGUGGAUGGCAUGGCAUUGCUCGACUACUCAACACAUAUAAGCCCCUUGCCUCUCCUGUGUGUGCAGUCUGUUUGGUGUGUCGUCUGACACGGCUGUCGACGACCUGUGGAGAGAGCUGCUCCCCGCACUGCAGGCACGUAUGCCGUGUGAAUUAAUGGCCGUGGACUGACUGACACACGUGUGUGUGUUGGUGUGUCUGUGUGUGUGUAGCACUACCAAGUGGCCUCCUCGAGUCGGCUUGACGAAGAGGCCGUCUGGUACUUGAUGGACGAAGUGAGUAUAUAUGUCAGCCCACACCCCCCCACACACAAAUGCGCACAGCCGUGUACGUCUUGUGUCUGUCAGUUCGGCUCGUCCUUCGACGUGGAGAUCACUCGGGUCGAUGACGAGAUGGACCAGAAAGGUCCGUGUGGCGCGUGCAAACAAACGUGUCCAGAUCUUCCCAGAUGUGUGUGUGUGUGUGUUUAUGCAGAUGAAGUGCCUGAAGCAGACGGCCUGGCCAACUUCAGGAUGGCGCCUUUCUUCCACACACAAAGAGGUGGGUCCACUCACAUGUGUGUGCAGAGGGAAUGCUGUGGUUGUUGUGUGUGCGAACUGGUUGAGUGCAGGAGUGGCCUACACCCUCAUCUGGCCGGUCAAAGACACAGAGGUCGGCACCCAUACACACAUGACAUGACGCGCACACACACACAGCCUCCAUCCAUCCAUCCAUCCAUGUGUGUGCUGCCAGCACUACGAGCCGUGUUCUCGGCUGGCUGUGCCCAAGUCGGGCGGGCCAGAAGACCUUUUACUGGACUUUCCAUGCGUCAGAGUGCCCCAAUACACGUCCGUACGCACGACGAACCCACCAUCUCAUCACCCAGCACUCGUCUGUCUGUCUGUCUGUCUGUCCGUCGUGUGUGUGUGUGCAGAGAGGCGUCACCCAUCCCUGCUGUGCUGCAGUGCUCUCGGCUCUUCGCUCUGAUGUUCCCAUGGCGGUCGAGUGCAGCACGGUGGGCGCACACAAAGAGAGAGGGUGCGCGAGUAUGUGUCUGUGGGUGGGUGGAUGGACGGAUAUGUGUGUGAUGGGGGGUAGAGAGCUGGUGGUGCCUUGGUACGUGCGCAUGGCCGCCGAGCUGCUGCAGGACGAGAAGACACACAUGGUGGUGGAUGAGCAGCAGCCGAGUGCCGUUGGCAGCAGCUCAUCCAUCGCAUCAGUGUUCGACUUCCCCCCACACAGAUCGGCACAGAUCGGUACACACACACACACACGCACACACUCAUCAAGUGAAAUGAAUGCCUCAGACACACGACACUCUGAUCUGUUUGUGGGUCUGGUGUCUGAUAGAGUGCGACCGUCGUGAGCUGAGGCGGCGUGUGGACUUGAUCGACCGCACCCAAGUGUCGGAGACGCUGAAGGUCAGUAUGGCCGCAAACAGACACACGCAUUCAUUCUCACUUAUCUCUGUUUGUGUGUGUGUGUGUGUGUGCAGAAGUCGCCCCUGCGCGUGUUCACCGAUCUGCCCAUCCUCCAAGAAACGCUCAGCAGGGACGACUUCACCUUUACCGACGUAAGUUAAGAGGGCACAUUCACACACACGGAUGGAUGGAUGGAUGGGUGUCUGUGUGUAGGACAUUUUGCAAGCCGAUGUCCUGUAUGUGAGCUACGUGCUCAACGACGGCAGAGAUAAACCCACUGACGAGAAGGGCUCAGAAUGGUCAACACAGGGGCGCACACACAUGUGUGUCUGUGUGCGUGUCCAUCUGUCCAUCUGUCCAUCUGUCCAUGUGUGUGUGUGUGUGUGUGUCAUUUGUUUGGGUGCAGGUCGUCGUCUAUUCGGUUCAACUCGCACCAGCUGGUGAACCAGCUGGUGGGAGAGGGGCACAUGACCACCAAAGACGGACUCGCAAAAAUGACCAGGCAAGUCUCGUGUCAUGAUAUGUGCACAGACCUUCUCUGUGUGUGUGCGCGAUGUGCGGGCGUAGGAGGUUCGCAUGGCUGCCUGAUGCAUAUGACCUGUCCACCGAGCUGCCGCAGAUGAUCGGGGCUUACCAUCGCCGCCAUCAGUCAGCACAGGUGUGUGUGUCCACACACACGCAUAGCAUACACAGGCCGAGAGAUACCUUUGUGUGUAUCUGUGUGUGUGCAGGGGCCGUCUGCACCACCUGAAUCGCCUCACCAAGGCAGACACAGCGACUACUGGAUCGUCAAGCCCCGCAACUUGGCCCGCUCCAUCGACACACACAUUACCAACGACAUCGACGAAAUCGUCCGGUGGGCAGAUGCGUCCAUGUGCGUGUCCAUCUAUCCAUGUGUGUGUGGUGUUGCCAGGCUGUCGUCCACUUUCCCCAAGGUGUGCCAGCGGUACAUCGACCGGCCGGCCUGCAUCGACGGCAAAAAAUUCGACCUCAGGUAGACGUACGUGUCGAUAGCACACACAUUGGCAACAGUGUCUAUGCGCGUGUGUGAGUGUGAGUGAGUGUGUGUGUGAAGGUUCUACGUGGCCGUCAAGUGCUUCCCCUCGAUUGCGUCCGGCAAAGCCAUUGAGAUGGGCUGGGCGGGGCGGUGGCCACACACACACACACGUGUGCUGCACGUGGUUGGUGGAGUGCAGGUGGCCGUCUACGAGCGCUUUGCCGCUCGAAUGGCCAACGAGCCCUUCAGAAUGGACGAGUGAGUAAGCACACAUCGGUCCGUCUGUUGAUCCAUCUGUCUGUGUGUGAGGUGGUCGGUGUCACGAUGAAUGUCAUUCAGCUUCGAUUCCUUCCCUGUGCACUUCACCGUCAUGAACUACCAGGACGAGCAGACGCGCAGCAAAAACGUCGUCAUGACCUGCACACACUUCAAGACACAGCUCGCCAAGUAACUAACGACGGGCAAGACACACCGACACAAACAUACACAACGUGUGUGUGUGUGUGUGUCAGUGAGCAUGGCCACCAUGACGAUGCGGCCGUUGCAGCGUUCUGGAAGGCCAUCAUCGACAAGGUUGUUGCUCUCGUGUGGAUGGAUGCAUGGAUGGAUGGACAAGUGUAUGGGUGUGUGGCGCAGGUGCACCUGAUGGUGAGAGAGCUCUUCCAGACAUUCGUCCAGCAGAUGACCCUCAAGUACUCACACACGCAGAGCAGACGAUCGGGUCAACCCCACCCCUGUGUGUGGUAUGGUAUGGUGUGCCUGCAGGGAAAACAGUUCGUCGGGUGAGAGUGUGCUGACCAACCCCACUUCCUUCGCCGUGUACGGCCUGGACGUCAUGCUCGAGCACACAGAGGGCAACCUGGAGCCAAGGCUACUCGGUCAGUCAGCCUGUCUGGUCUGAGCACAGCGCCCCCACCAUGAGUGUGUGUGUGACCACAUCUUGUGUGUGUGUGUGUGUGUGUGCGUGAAAGCAGAAGUGACGUUCUUCCCCGACACUGCCCGGCUGGUCAAGGAGGACAGGGGGUUCUGGGACACGGUCUUUGGCUGGGUGUUCAGAGAGGAGAGGGGAGGGGCUAUGGUGGAGGUCACCAUGUAGAGAGAUGGAUGGACGGACGACUGCAGUCAUCAUUCCAGCGCCCCCCUUGGCAGAUGAACGUGUUGAUGUGUGUGAAUGUAUGUGUGUCUGACGCUAUGUGCAUUGGUUUGUCGGCCUGCGAAAGGCCGCUUCUUUAUUCAUGCUGCGUGUGGAUGGAUGGCCGAUGAGAUGAAUGCAUUGCAUUGAAAUGAAC